UGAAAAAACUCAAAGUAGCUUCAAUACAAACAGGAAGUUGAAUGACAAAAUUCGGAAGAACAGAGCGCUGAAAAGGGGUUGGGCUGAAUAAGGUAAUAUAACAUUUAUUUUUAGCUUAUUGAAUGUUUCUGGGAUUGUAGCCAUUAUAGUGAGCAUUAGAGAAAUUUACACACCUCAAUGUUGUUCCAAAUUUGUAUCUUUCUUCCAUGGAACAGAUUAUCAAAUUAUGAUUGUCUCAGUCACCAUUUACUUCCAUGCAUCUUUUUUUUUUUUUUGACGAAAGUGAAUGGUGACUUGGGCUAAUGUUCUGUCUAAAAUGUCCUUUUGUGUUUAUAUAUCUCCUACAUGUUUGGAACAACAUGAGGAUAAAUAAAUGACAGAAUUGUAUUUUUAUGUGAAGGAUCUCUUUAAACAUGGGAGUACAAUUCAUGGGUAGACUUCUGGAAACAAAUUAGAACUUGUGAAACGAGUAGAACUUUUUUGUUUUUGCAAAUAAAAACCACUUGACUUGAAAAAUUCGGUUUUAUGUAUAUCUGUGAACCUAUUUAUGCGUUGUGGAUGUGGUUGUUGUUUAGUUUCCCACAGUAGUCAUGGCCAGGAAAAGGGCCUGGUGCUUGUUCUCGGGCAGGGUGACGUUGGACAGCUUGGCCUGGGAGAGGAUGUGCUUGAAAGGAAAAAACCGGCCCUGUUGACUCUUCCUGAGGGUAUCGUGCAGGCCAUUGCUGGGGGCAUGCACACAGUCUGCCUCAGUGACACUGGAAAUGUUUAUACAUUUGGCUGUAAUGAUGAGGGUGCAUUGGGUCGCGACACAUCAGAGGAGGGCACCGAGAUGGUUCCGGCCAAGGUGGAUCUUGGAGAGACUGUUGUACAGGUUUCUGCAGGGGACAGCCACACUGCUGCCCUCACAGAGGAAGGAGUUGUCUAUGUCUGGGGCUCUUUUAGAGAUAAUAAUGGUGUCAUUGGACUCCUGGAGCCCAUGAAAAAGUGCAUGUUGCCUGUCAAAGUUCCUUUUGACAAGCCCGUGGUUAAAAUAGUCUCAGGAAAUGAUCACUUGGUGAUGCUGACUGCGAAUGGAGAGCUGUACACAUCAGGAUGUGGAGAACAAGGCCAGCUAGGAAGGGUGGCGGAGCACUUCGCUAACCGUGGAGGCAGGAAAGGAUUGAUGAGGCUCCUGGAGCCGCAGAUGGUUACCAUGAAACCACGGGGCAAGUUCGUCUUCACUGAUGUCUUUUGUGGAGCAUACUUAACUUUUGCUGUGUCUAAAGAGGGUCAUGUUUAUGGCUUUGGCCUUUCCAAUUACCACCAGCUUGGUACCCAAAACACAAACACCUGCUUUGUUCCAGUCAAGCUCACCUCUUUCAAGAACUCCACCACCUCCUGGGUGGGUCUCUCUGGAGGACAGCACCACACUCUGUGUCUGAAUUCUGAAGGACAAGUGUACAGUCUUGGUCGGGCCGAGUAUGGCCGAUUGGGCCUUGGGAAGGAUGCAGGAGAGAAGAGUGAGCCCACAUCAGUCUCUGGUGUCAGUAACGCUCAAGUGGUCGCCUGUGGUGCCUCAGUAAGCUACGCUGUCACCAAACAAGGCUCUGUGUUUGCCUGGGGCAUGGGCACCAACCUGCAGCUGGGCACAGGAGAGGAGGAUGAUGAAUGGAGCCCUGUGGAGAUGACAGGCAAGCAGCUAGAGAAUCGUGUCGUUUUUUCAGUGUCCAGUGGAGGGCAACACACAGUCCUGCUGGUUAAAGACAAGCAGGAGAGCUGAUCUUGAUCUCCUUGACUGAAGAGAGCUGAGCCAAACUACUGUAUCAGUGGUAUCUGUAACCUAUAGCUUGAUCAAGAUCAAGACGUCCGAGGUUGGUAAUACUUCCUAUGCUGAGCUAAGCCAGCAAUUGAGGGAAGAUGAGGGGUUUUGAAGAGGGUAGGAUGAGUAUCAUCUAAUUCAACUUUUUAUCCCACUUUAUGGGAAACGCAAACAUUCACUGGAUAUGGUCCGGUAGAUGAUAAAGAUAAUUGUUUUGUUUUAUGGACAUUUUUUCCUUUGCUUUAUUUUCUUAAUUCUUUUUAACAACAAUCUGUAGUACACUUUCUUGGAGACUGCCUGUUGUAAGUGAUUGUAUUCAUGUAUGAACUGAAAGCAAUUUAAUGAGUCUUUUAGAAAAUUCCCAGAUAGUGUUCUCUUUAAAUUAUUUUUAAUUCCACAUUUUCAUCUUGGCAAUAAAAUGUUACAAAGCAGGUAUAAUCACAAAAAUGGGUAUUUCUGUAUUUUGCAGUGUUAAAUGGUUUCCCUAAAAUUGUAAUAUAAUUUAAUGAUUGUAUUCAUGCGUUGCUGUCCCUGUGGACAAUUAAUAAAAAAUUUAAAUCUUUACAGAAA